CUGUCCUGGACUCACUUUGUAGACCAGACUGGCCUGGAACUUACAGAGAUCUGCUUGCUUCUGCCUCCUUGAGUUCUGGGAUUACAGGUGUGCACCACUGCACCUGGCCCUUCCCUUUCUUAAAGAUGGAUUUAAAUAAAUAAUCUUCCUCUAGUAUUGGCUGAGUUUGCACUGUGAUAAGUAGCAUGUGUGUGUAUCUGUAUCUCAUUGGGAAUCUCUGGAGCCUGGAACCUUGAGACCAGCCAGGACAAGAAGCAAGCAAGUAAGAGAGGGAGGUGAAUGCACACAUGUGUGAUAUAGAAUAUACAUGAGUUAACACUGCAUAUCUGACACAGGUAAUAUAGUGCUUUGCCAUCAAGCAUACUAUGAAAGGAAUAAAAAAUUGAACACAUUGGAUUCCCAGCCUUGUUUUAGAGGAAUGAUACCUUUCUCAUGACAGUAUAAAUCGUAUAAUUUUGGAAACUAUAUCUCUUUCCCUCCUGUUCUUUUUGACAAGUAUGACUGGUACUCCUACUUCGAGCCUCCGAAGUAUUGGAAUCACAGUGAACUUUGUUCUUGUGAAUUUUUCACUAAAGGUGAUAAAACCAUUAGGUGACUGUGCAUAUAGGAAAGGCAGGAAUUGGGAAAGCCAUCUUUUAACUGGUACCUAAUGUGGUUGUGUUCUAAAGUACCACAGCAACUGUAUAACAAACCCCAUUCACUUGCCUACAAAGUUUCAGAUAUAGUAAGAAUAGUCUGCCAGUAGAAGAGACAGUUAACACACAUAAAGCCAUCAAGUGAAGAGUAGUGCUGUCCUCUCUCCUCAUAAGAGAGACAGAUGCCCACAGGACAUAAGUACUUAAUUUUCUCACAUUGCUCAGAAUUCAAAUGAAAACAAACAAAAAACACUCCUUAAAAUUGCAUUUUGUUGGGCUUAUUUCCGUCAUGGAAAAAUAGGCUCUUGAAACCCCAUUGAGUGAAGUGGAUUAGAGAGCUGUGUCUUUACCUCAUCCUUUGAUUUGGUUGAGAAAACCUAAAGUGAUCAGGGAUGAGAAAAGCUGGCACAGAAAAGUGUCUUCCUUAGCUACCAGGUAUAAGACAGUCAGCUAAGCUGAAAGUUAGAUGUAGGCUGCUCAUUCUCAACAUACUUCAUGAUCUCCCCAUUUAUUACUAAGGGGGUUCCAAAACCAGAUAGUGUUUUCUAUAAAUCUUACCUUGGCCACAAGGGCUUGGUAAAUGCCUGUAGAGAGAGUACUUUUCUGCUCCUGGUGUCUUUGAAAUACAGAUUUAUGUUAGGGUUUCAUGGCAGAUGAUUUCUUUAGGGCUGGAGCCAGAGCUCAAGGCCUCACACACGUUAGGCAAGUACUCUACCCUACCCCUGAACUACACUCCAGUUGCAAAAGGUUUCUUUCUUCUUCUUUUUAGUGGGUUACAGGAAAGGGAUCUAUUUGAAAUCAUGAGAUAUAUUGACAUUGUUUCACUUGUUGUGUUUUCCGUUUUAUAUACUGCAAGUUCCCAAGCAACGCACAUUUGCAGACACAGCUAUGAAUACAUUAUUUGUUUUGACAAUAGUUACCCUGGAAUUUAGGUCUAGUUUUCUAUCUCCACUUCCGUGUUUCUUAAUCAUAACAUUUAAGGUAGCAGCUUGAGUUAGAGGGUUUUUAUACAUCUGUAUUAAUGGUUGGUAGCCACUAAUGUGAAGCUGGGAAGAAUGAGUAGUGGGGAUUUGGUCACUUUGAACGUGGGAGGGAAGAUAUUCACAACAAGGCGCUCUACCCUCGAGCAGUUCCCUGCAUCUCGGUUGGCAGGCAUGGUAGAUGGCAGAGACCAGGAGUUCAAGAUAGUUGAUGGUCAGAUUUUUGUUGAUAGAGAUGGUGCUUUAUUUAGUUCCAUUUUAGACUUUUUAAGAAAUUGUGAGCUUUUAUUACCCUCUGAUUUUUCAGACUAUCAUAGGCUUCAGAGAGAGGCUCUUUUCUAUGGACUUGAUUCUCUUGCUGAUCUCUUAAGCCAACACCUGCUACAAUUAAGACCCAUUCUCAUGGAGGUGCACUUCCUAAAUCGAAAUACUCAAGCCUUCUUCAGAGUGUUUGGCUCUUGCAGCAAAACAAUGGAGAUGCUAACUAGGAGGAUUACUGUGUUUGUAGAGCAGCCUCCAGCACUGGCCAGGAACAAUAACUCCUUCCCUCCUCAGGUGGCUUUACUUUCACUGCCUCCACAAAGACCUUCUCACCAUGACCUGCUCUUCCACUGUGGCUCUGAUGGCACCACUGAGAACCGUGCUGGAGUCAGUAUUCUGCCUGCAUGUGUACCUGCACACCAGAAGAGGUCCCCAGAUCUUAUUAUAGAUGGUUGUGAACCACCACGUGAUUGCCGGGAAUUGAACUCAGAACCUUUGGAAGAACAGCCAGUGCUCUUAACCUCUGAGCCAUCUCUCCUGCCUCUUGGUUCAAUAAUUUAUUGCAAGAACAUUAUACUUAAAAAAAAAAAACAACAAAACCUACUGCUUGCUAUUUGUAUCAUAAUACUUUUAUGAUACUCUGUAACUUCUGGCAAAUGUUUCUAGCUGUAUAAUUUACUUUGGGGUAGAUGAAAUCCUUUACUGCUGUUAAAAAUUUGUAUCCAACAAAAUAAAUGUUUUUUUGACAUGUGA